UGACAGAAAUUAUAGAUUAAAUUGUAAUGUUUAAUAAUGGCUCACUUUCCUCUUUUAAAACUAAGCUUGUUAGCUUUGAAACAAAUUAGUAAGCCAGUAGUCAAAAGCAUAAAAGACACCGCUAAAACCAAUGAGCCAUUGCGUAAAUAUUUAGUCGUCCCAACAGCACAAACCUAUCAUUGGAUUGGGGUAAGAACAAAAAUGCGAAUACUUGGCAUGAGCCAACCAAAAUAUAUACCGCCCUUAAACAACGCGCUGGCAAUCCAAACCGGAAGUGAAUUAGUGGGUGAACUGCUGAUCUUUAUAAUUGCUGUCAGCUUGCUAUUAUUGGAGUUCUCACGGCAAGCGCGGAACGAAGCGUUGAAGAACAGUCAACGUCAGGCUGAGAAGGUAAAGUUGAAACAUGAGUUGGAAACUUUGAAUGAUCGGGUUUUGAACCAAACACGCGAAAUAAUAAAUCUUAAGGCACAGCUCGUAGAAUUCAUGGAUCUUCAUGAAAGCUAACAACAAAUUGUUCAAAGUUUUGUAUUAAAUCAAAUGAUUUUCGGCUUUCUGUCAAACAAUAUGCUUCUACAAUUUUAUUUUUAAUUUUUUUACUCUAAUAAAUUUUGGUUAUCGAAAUGGUCUCUGCAUAUCCUAUCGGAAAGAUUGCUGUACUUGGAAUUAAGCAGAUCGCCACUCCAUUCAGCAAAGUUUUAAAGACUUUUGCCCAAAACAAUUCAAUAUUUAAAAAGUAUAUUUGUGCUCCGGCUGGUCAAAUAAUACAUUGGAUCGAGACAAGAUCAAAAAUGCACAUGCUAAGACUACCUCAACCCAAAAGAGUUCCUAAGCUCUCGGAUGAUAUGGCUAUCAGCAUGGGAGCAAACCUUUUAAGCGAAGUUUUUACAAUGGGCUUAGGCUUACUAAUGAUAUACAUCGAAUCUUCACGGAAAGCAAAAAAGGAUAAGGUGAAGAAUGACUUACACAGGGAGAAUCAAGAGAAGCUAAGAAUAGAAAUAGAAACACUGAAUAAUCUGCUCGAUUGGCAGAAAAAACAAAUAUAUAUAAUACUAUUAUUUUUGAAGAUUCAUUGCUUUUAUUCGCAUUUCAAAGCUUUAAGUCUCAAAAUCUUUCAUGUUUCUUAAAUAUCGAUUAACACAA